AUGCCCACUGUGCACCUACUGGACUACGUUGCGGGAAACAUCCGUUCCUUGGUCAAUGCGAUCAACCAAGUUGGUUACGAUGUUGAAUGGGUCAGAUCACCAGAGGAUGUGAGAACUGCAGAUAAACUGAUCCUCCCCGGUGUCGGCCACUUUGGCCACUGUCUUUCUCAAUUGGAUAAAGGUGGAUUCCUAGAGCCCAUCAGGCAGCACAUUGAAGCUGGAAAGCCGUUCAUGGGAAUCUGUGUUGGUUUGCAGGCUCUUUUUCAGGGCUCCGAGGAAGACAACGACGUCCCUGGACUUGGCGUGAUUCCCACUCGCAUUGAAAAGUUUAACGAUAGUUCCAAGAGUGUGCCGCACAUUGGAUGGAAUUCCGCGAUGAACACUGGGUCUGAUGCUGCGAAGGGGCAAAGCUUUUUUGGCCUGAGACCAACCAGCAAGUACUACUACGUCCACUCCUAUGCGGCCCCUUACAAGCCAGGUGCCCUGGAAAGUGAAGGCUGGUCCGUGGCUACGGCUACUUAUGGAGAAGAGGAAUUUAUUGGAGCUAUUAGUCGUGGUAACAUCUUCGGCACACAGUUCCACCCGGAAAAGAGUGGCUUGGCCGGUCUUCGCGCCAUUCGCGCAUUUUUGGAUGGCGAGCAAUUCCAGUCCCUCGCACAGGACCUGGUUGCUGGCAAAGAAAAUGGACUGACUCGUCGGGUCAUUGCCUGUCUUGAUGUUCGAACGAACGAUGCCGGUGACUUGGUUGUCACCAAGGGCGAUCAGUACGAUGUACGCGAAAAGGACGGAGCGGACGCCGGUGGUCACGUUCGAAACCUUGGAAAGCCUGUCGACAUGGCCAAGAAAUACUACGAGCAGGGGGCAGACGAAGUUACCUUUUUGAACAUUACCUCUUUCCGGAACUGCCCCAUCGCUGACACGCCUAUGCUUGAAAUUCUGCGACGUACAUCGGAAACUGUCUUUGUGCCUCUGACCAUUGGCGGGGGAAUUAAAGAUACCGUUGACACCGACGGAACACGGGUCCCUGCCCUGGACGUGGCGACGAUGUAUUUCAAGUCUGGCGCCGAUAAAGUCAGCGUCGGUUCCGAUGCUGUCUUUGCUGCCGAAGAUUAUUACAACGCCGGCGAAAAGCUGAGUGGUGAGACAGCCAUUGAGACCAUAUCUAACGCUUAUGGCAAGCAAGCUGUUGUAGUGAGCGUCGACCCAAAGAGGGUUUACGUUGAUAAGCCAGAGGACACCCACCACCACACACUUAGGACGCAAUUCCCUAACUCAUCGGGACAAAGCUACUGUUGGUACCAGUGCACCGUCAAAGGUGGCAGGGAAACUCGUGACAUGGAUGUGCGGCAACUUGUUAGGGCUGUUGAAGCCAUGGGUGCCGGCGAAAUUCUCCUGAACUGCAUCGAUAAGGAUGGAAGCAACAGUGGAUUCGAUCUGGAAUUAGUCAAUGACGUUAAGGCUGCAAUCAAGAUCCCCGUCAUUGCUUCAAGCGGAGCCGGAGUACCCGCACACUUCGCCGAGGUUUUCAACAAGACCACCACUGAUGCAGCACUCGGAGCUGGAAUGUUCCACCGCGGUGAAUUCACCGUGACUCAAGUGAAAGACCACCUUCAGACGGAGGGUUUCUUGGUUCGUCAAUUUGAGGCUGACAUCUGA